CGCGGGUCGCCGGUUCUUCAGGGUCCAAGCUUCGUCCGAAACGAAACGCCUUCACAGCGCUCGCCACCUUCCUCUCGCGGAGAAGGCCGCGCGAACAGGCCUUCCUCGAAUCGUUCGACCGUCCGAUCGAGCGAGAGCGAGCCGGCUCUCCGUGCGCGUGACCUUGAUACCGCGCGACUUGCCCUCUCCUCUUCAACGUCCCGCCGUAGGCAGCGCGAGACGCCGGUGAAUCGUGCGACGGUGGUGUGGGUGCUCGUGGUGACCUGGUGGGUGGUGGUUGGUGAACCUGGCUGGAGGAAGCGCCUCGGAGGAGCCAUCUCCCUCUUCCGCGGUCUCCUCGGCGUCUCAAAGUGGAGCGAGGGAUCAUGACAUCGUACAGGAGCUACGGCGAUACAGGAGCAUAUCGGAGUAGAGCCGUCGGCAUAGGCAGCACAUUUAGUAGGAACACUUCCGGCGGAAGUAACCUGCCAAGCUGUAGAAGCAGCUAUUCCGGAGUCGGAUCGAGUUCCGCUCGAGUUGCCGCCAAGGAACGAGUGCUCGCGAGUUUCGGCGGCGCUUUUCUCAAAAAGGACAAGCUCGAGGAGAAACCUACUCUCAAAUAUUCAUGUACCAAAGAUACCGACAAAGGUCGAUUGUAUUCCGGAAGAUCGUCUUCCGAGGACACGAGGGCGAAGAGCCCGCUAUCUGGCAGCAAGUCGUCUCUUCUCUUCGAGAAGUACUCAUACUCAGCUGGCAAAACAUCGGAGAGGUCGUCUUCCCUGUUGGACAGAUAUAACCGGCCGGCUUCGCGGGAGAAGAGUAGAGAGCCCGAAGGAAUAUCGCGCUACGGCUCCAGCACAUAUCCCGGAUCGAGUUUCGGUCGAAGUUAUGGCAACGAUGCUAGAAUUGAGAAGAAGGACCAUCCGCCGCCGGUCUCCUACAGAGGAUUACGUCCCAAUUCCGGGAGAGCAUCGCGCGAGCCCAGCCCGGAAGUGGCCGGUGCCGGGAAAACGAAUUCCUUCAGGGUCUAUUCGAGAGCGCCGUCUUAUGGCCGCUCAGCCGCUUCGCCCAGCACGUCCGAAUCGAGCUCGGCCACGAUCUCGACGAGAUUUGGCUCGACAGCUAGUUCGCGGUUUCUCCCAUCGCGAAGCGGUAAUGAGCGAACGUCCGCGACCGUAAGCUACUCCGGGACGGACAGGUUCCGAAGCUCGAACGGUAAGCCGAGUAAUCAGAAAGACGAAGAGGAUUCCAGGCAUCUCGCUAGCAAACCCGAGGACGGUAGCCACGAGCCGUCGAAGAUAUCAAGCAGAAUGGAAGACGGCAAGAGCGACGAUAGACUCGCUGAUAAUGAGCUCUUGACGCUGACGAUGGUGACUCGAGGCACCUCGCCGACACCUCCGGCUUCCUCGUCUUACGUAAGGAACAGGCGGGCGGAGAUCGGUAUCGUUCAUCAGAAGGAAGUGACUCGAUCCCGUGAACCGCCGGCUAGCUUCGACAAAGAGACACAAUGCGAUCGAAACGAAGAGACGUCGAGGUUCUCGAGAUUCAGCGGCAGCAACAGAGUAUCCGGCGCGCCUUCAUGGUCAACGUAUCUGGAUAAGUACUCACCCUCGGGUGCGCCAUCAGCUUCUGGAGGCUCGUCCAUGUAUUCGUCCAGAGGGUACAAUAAUACGAGCUCGUCCAGCGCUAGACUCAACAGCUUCGCGUAUAGGACGAACGAAGCCACGAGGCACGAGUUCGCUGCCAAGGAAUCGUCGGCCUCUAGUCAGGAAACUCACAGUUCCGGUAAUAGAAGCCAGAACGACAAAGUCCUCGGCGGAGUGAGCUGCGCGCGGCCUGGUAACGAGAAUUCAUCAAUGUCGAACGAAGACAUCAAGACCCAGUCGUGUGGUCAAGACACACGCGGUGCGAAUAAAGAAGCGAGUCAAGACAGAGUACGGAGUAACGAGCAAUGCUGCUGUAACGCACGAAGGACUGAAAGCAACCGGAAUCCCGGUAAUUCCAAAACUUCCAGCCAUCAGGAGCUGGCGUUUCAGCGCAGGGAGGAUUCCACGGGACGCGAUUGCCGAGCGAGCCACGGCGGCUGUGGGGAGCGUAAUAAGGACAGGCAGAGUCCUGUGUCGAAAUCCGACGAGUGUAACCAAAGAAGACCGUCUAUCCCGCGACUUGGACGUAGUUCGCCCAAGAGCGAGACGAGAGUCCUCAAAUGUUCUUCCAAGUCUGAUUUAGUGUCGCCGAAGGCUGAAGUGUACGAGAGGAGAGGAUCCACGCCCAGAUCCGACGCCAGUUCCUCCUCCAGAACCGAGGAGUCUCCUCGGAUCGUGGAAGGAUUCUGUGAGGACCAAAGCGAAGAAAUCGUUUCCCAGAAUCACGAAAUUUCGCCAAGAAAAGAUUCCGCGUCGAGCGGCACGUCGCAAAGUCGUUCGGCAUCGACAUCGCAGUCACGGAGCACAUCGACGAAAAACACAUCGCGUCAAAUGACGCGUACCAGCUCGUCAGACGGAUCAUCCUCCGCGGGCAUGCCAAUUGGCAGAUCGAAAUCGUCGUCGGCCAGUUCAGUGGCGAGUCAAGGUAUAAAAAUAAAGGCGGCGGCGCCGCCAUCGUCGUCCGGCAAGUCAACCGGCGGCGCGAUCUCUUCGUCGUCAGUGAAUCUACGGCAAGGCGGUUCGCCGGACGCUCGCGGCAAACCACCUGUGCCGAAGAAUGAUACUACGACCGCCGCCACGUCGAAGUGCAUCGUGGCAGCGAAGUACGUGAACAAGGACUUCCGCAAGUCGACCUUGAACAUGGAGAACGGCGACCCGUCGCGCUCCAAGUACGCAAGAAGGAAGAAGAACCAGAGGACCAUCUCCGGAAGCUCUCAGGACUCCGAGACAACCUCAGAACACGUCCCCCCUUUCGCGUCUUCGGGCUCCUCGACCUCGAUCAAGUCUGGUCGAUCGAGAUUAAGAACUCCGUCGGGAGGAUCGAAGCCUGGAGUGACUGGGAGAUGUAGUGACUCGAAGGUUUCGACGAGAUGGGAGGAAUCGAGAAGUGGGUCAAAGUCACCUUGCGGAACGACGAAGAGGCGGUCUGGGACGUCGAGUUCCAGCAGCAGCAGUCGGUCGACCUCCGCGAAUUCCUCCAGCAGCGAGGACAAUGACGAACGAGUAGACAGGCCGAGUUCGAGGCGGAGAAGAAGACGAGCGUCGGAGUCGCCCAUGCGCGAGAACAGAGGUAAGAUCAGCGCGGGUUCGUCGAGGACGAGCGUGUUGGCGUCCUCGGCCGAUGAGAUACCCAUGAUGACGGAGAGGCCACCCAGACCACCGUCGAGUCCGAGAUCGAAGAGCGAUCGUUCCGCGAAGACGGAAGAAGCCAAGUCCUUUCUAAUGAGGGCGUUAGCGCCGGUGACGAAUUUUUUCAAGAGCAAAAGUCAAGACUCCGCUGAUACGAGCAAGUCAGGCGGCUGGGUCGACUCCAACGACGAGAACUACGAAGCCAGCAACAAGUCGGGACAACCCUUGUCAACUUCGAGAUCGAUCAGUCACAGUCUGUCGAAGGCUCCUAAUUUCACCAACACCGAGAAGAACGACGGGAUGAGGGGGGGGAACGCGAGAAUUCAGCAUCAGUCGUCCGGAGAGAGACCAUGGUGGUUGGACUCUAAUUCCGAUAACGUCCCCUCGGGAGUCGAGAGAGCCAGUCCAUGGAACGACGAAGUUAGUCAAGAUACGACGAUCAGUACAGUUUUGCCGGAUGACGGAAAGUUCAAGUUCAAAGUGUGGCGACAAGAGUCAGGAGAGCGCGCCUGGUGGCUGGACGAGGUCCCGGCGGAGGAGACGAAAAAAUCGCCCUCGUCGGCGUCUUCCAUCUCGAGACGAGGCUCCACUCGCGGCAGUUUCCGAUCCGCCGAUCGGCGAAAUCGCAUUCGACAUCAGCAAUCCGGCGAGCGAGCGUGGUGGAUGAGCAACGACCCCGAGAACGUCCCGGAGGGAAUCGAGGUCAUCCCCGUGGCGUCUCCCGACAGCCAAGACGCCGACAAGCCUGAUGGCUCUGUCGAUAACGAGACCCUUUACUCCGCGAAGCCUCUUAACAAAAUCCGCCACAUCGAAUCCGGCGAGAAGGCAUGGUGGAUGGACAGUUGCUCGAACGUUCCUGACGGGGUCGUCAGGAUCUCCGUGGAAACUUCCAACAGCACUUCCGACUCCUCCGAGUCGUACGAAAAAAUCGAUAUCGGCGUUAACCCUGAACCUGAGACGUGUGUCAAGCGGAGCCUCUCCAGAUUCCCUAUCGAGUUUCCGCCUCCUCCGCCUGAGGAGCCGUUGGGAGAUCGCGCCAGUCCAGAAGGGGUCGAGAAUCCACCUGACCCGCCGGACAAUUAUGGCGGACGAGACUCGCCUUACGACAAUGUACAACCGACACCACGAAGAUUGUCACCAAGGAAACGACCCUCCACACUGCCGUUGUUCAUCGGCGGGCACACCGACAUCGAUGAUGUGCUCGGCGAUACAGCCAUCCCGUGCCACAGCCCUGUUCUCUCCCGCGUUCGUAAACAGGAACGUGUCGAAGAGGAUUCUUCCGAAGAUAGCUCGGAAUGCGAAGAAAUAGAUGCCACCCAAGUAAUCAUUCACGACAGCACGCCGAAAACACCGAUGAUUCAACGAAGAAACCGAGACAACGAGAGGAUUCAACCCGACGGCUACAUACCGCAGACAGAUCGAAUCCGAAAUAAAUCGACGGAUACGACGAACCGGUUCGCGGCAUCGCGCGUGAACGCGCCACGGCGUGCAUACACGCUCGUGUGCACGUGAGAGGGGGCGGGCGGGGCCCC